AUGUCGGAUGAUAGAAGAAUGUGGGGGGGGGGGAUUAUCAAUUAUGAGUUCCAGAAUCCCUCUGAAUCUAAUCUUACAUACUUUAGUUCCAUCAGCUGGUUAUCUCCGCAUCUACUGCUUGUGGGUACAUCCAGUGGAUUCGUGCGCAGUUUUGAUGUACGCAACCUGCCACACUCUGGAACUCAGACGACAGAAGUUCUCCCGCCGUUUGAUGCCCGGAGAUGGAUCGACCAUAAUGGGGCACCUUCUCGCCUCAGUGCUGUUAACAUGCAGAUUUUGGAUAUUAUUGUACAACCCGCAUCAGUUGCUACCGAUGAUGGUUUCCUGGCCUUAUUGGCUCCUGAAGGUUCUGUGAUCGUGUUACAGAUCUCCAAAUCUACUAACUUGCCUUCCCUUUCGUAUUGCUAUCACUUCGCGGGCACUCUCUCGGCUGCAGAACGAAUUCAAAAGGGUUCUGGGCUAUUCCUUCCUGCGAAAACUGGUUGGAGCUUGCUUCACUCUACUGGUUCGCCAGAGCUUCUUCACAAGAGCUGGAAGAUACUUGACAUUCCAACAGCUCACGCAUCGAUCCCCACUGUCACGGCAGAUGAGGUCAGCGAGUCGGAUAUCCGAGUGUCCCUAGUAAUGGAUGGACUGCGGGCACCUCGACGGGGUCUCGCCGGUUUGUUUGUUCCACAUUGUUCGGGGCAAUUUUGUGGGGACGGAAGCAGCAUGGCACGCGCUCGCGUCCUCGAGCUAUUGGGCAACGGCAGUCUCGAAGUGGAACUGGAUGAAUGGACGAUGAACGUUCGGUGCUCACUCGUCAAUCCAACGCAAACGUAUGAUUACCGUGUACAGCAGUUUCCCACGAAAAUCUCCCCUACGCUCUGUCGUUACGAAAUAAAGAACAAUAUUGUUGUUUUGCGUCUUAAGAAAGCACCCGGCUCCGGCUCCUGGGCUGGUACACUGAAGACAAAAGGUUUGAACUGA